AUGUGGGAGGCCAUGAAAUUACGACAGGCUCUAGAGGGCAGUGACGUUGAGAAGGCGCUCGCAACUGUCAAUAGCAACACCAUACAGGGCAAGAUGGACAAGGAGCAUGAGGAGCUGUCACCUUUGUUGGAGUCAGAGGACGACUACAGAUUCAUUCGAUCCUCGCUUUACCGACUAUACCAGCGAUACAACGUUGUCAUGAACAAGGACGAGUAUAUGCUGCCAAUGGACAAGAUCUGCCACCUCGUUCUGCGCUACAAAGGAAACGAGCUUCCGGGGUUCAUCUCGUUCACCACUUUCACCAAAAUCUACAUGGAAACGUUGCCUCGAUGGAUCGACAUUACUAAAGCACAUUGUAAGGAUCAAACUAUUUGGGGUACUGUGGGAUAUAUAUAUGUGAUUGUGAGCAAUGCUAAUUAA